UUAAUUUUUUUACAGCCACCAGCUGGAAAUCAGAGCACAAGUUGCCAAUGCUUUCCUGGCCAAGUUCCAGUUGACUCCGGAGGAAAUGAACACUCUGCGAGGAGCCAGAGAUGGACCAAUCACUGAGGACUUUUUCAAAGCGCUGGGACGAGUGAAGCAGAUUCACAGCGAUGUCAAAAUCCUGCUGCGAACCAACCAGCAGACAGCAGGCCUUGAAAUUAUGGAACAGAUGGCACUUCUUCAGGAGACAUCUUAUGAACAGCUUUAUCGAUGGGCACAAAAUGAAUGCCGAGCACUGACCCAAGAGUCAUGUGACAUCGCUCCAGUGCUGACCCAGGCCCUGGAGGCACUACAGGACAGGCCGGUCUUGUACAAGUACACCUUGGAUGAGUUUGGGACUGCCAGGAGGUGCGCUGUGGUCCGUGGGUUUAUUGAUGCCCUGACCAGAGGAGGUCCUGGGGGAACACCCCGUCCCAUUGAGAUGCACUCGCAUGACCCAAUGAGGUAUGUUGGUGAUAUGUUGGCUUGGUUACAUCAAGCAACUGCCUCAGAAAAGGAACACCUAGAAGCUAUAUUGAAGCAGGUUACUAUGCAAGGUGUGGAAGAAAAUAUGCAGGAGGUGGUUGGGCACAUCACAGAAGGAGUGUGCAGGCCACUCAAGGUCCGAAUUGAGCAGGUGAUAGUGGCUGAACCAGGUGCUGUCUUGCUAUACAAAUUGUCCAAUCUGCUCAAGUUUUACCACCACACUAUCAGUGGGAUUGUAGGCACCAGUGCAGCGACUCUUCUAACAACCAUUGAGGAAAUGCACAUCCUGAGCAAGAAGAUGUUCUUCAAUAGCCUGGGCCUUCAUGCUAGCAAAUUAAUGGACAAGAUUGAACUCCCACCCCCAGACCUGGGACCAACAUCAUCUUUAAACCAAACCCUGUCUUUACUACGUGAGGUGCUGGCAUCCCAUGAUUCUUCAGUAGUGCCACUGGAUGCAAGACAGGCUGACUUUGCACAGGUCCUGUCCUGUAUCCUUGACCCACUGUUACAGCUUUGCACUGUUUCUGCCAGCAACCUGGGUACAGUGGAUAUGGCCACCUAUAUGGUAAACUCCCUCUACAUGAUGAAGACCACACUUGCACUCUUUGAGUUUACAGACAAAAGGCUGGAAAUGCUGGAGUUCCAGAUUGAAGCCCAUCUAGACACUUUAAUAAAUGACCAAGCUUCCUAUGUGCUGACAAAGUCAGGCUUGAGCUAUAUAUACAGCUGUGUGCAGCAGCACAAACCCGAACAGGGGCCUUUAGCAAACAUUCCCAGCAUGGAUAGCUCCUCUCUAAAGGCUGCUAUGGUUCAGUUCGAUCGUUACCUGUCCUCUCCAGAUUCUUUGGUGAUGGCACAGUUGAAUUUCCUCCUAAGUGCGACACUUAAAGAGCAGAUAUUUAAGAAGUCCACAGAGCUGGUUUGUAGAGCCUACACUGAAAUCUACACUGCUGUGAUGAACCCAGUCAACCAGUACAAGGAACCAGGAGCCAUUCUUCACAGGUCUUCCCAGCAAGUGCACUCUCUGCUUUCUUAGACCACACCUCCUGGACUGGGGAUGCACUUUGAGAUAAAAUAUGUGUAAAUGAUGUGCUUUACAUACUUUUUCCUGUGUAUCUGUCAGAAACAUCUGUACCCUCCUUUUAUGAAAAACAAGAGAGUAAAUUAUUCAAUUACAUUUUGGUUAUGGGCUUCGUUUUUCAAAGUUGUUUGGGGGGGAAAUCAUUUUUCAACUAAAUAUCUCUUGCUUUAUACUUGCAUACAGUUUGGUAUCACUAACGACACAAUAAAUUAAUGAACUAAAUUCCACAAAAAUAAAUAAAGAAAAUAUGUUCUGAAACGCAUCGGCUGCUUUUCUCCAGUUUUCUAAGCAAUAUUAUAUAUGUAUUUCCUUUUAUGUGAUAAUUAAGUUACAUUUGGAGACGGUUGGUAAAAGGCCCAGUCAGGGUCUUUGUGUGUGUUUUGCUCAGACAAUGAAGCUUUCAUUUUUGGCUGGACCAACAGUCACGCCAGUAUCUAAUAUUGGAUAAAAUGCCUGCCAGCCUUGAAUCACCAGCUAUAUUUAAGGAGCAAUUUUAAAAAAAAGAAGAUAUUCAGCACUGUUCAGUGCUAUUUAUAGAACCCUCACAUAUGCCAGUGAUAAUUUCAGUUGCUGUUCAGUUUAAUGCACUACUCUGUAUUUUUUAAUAUACUCUCUUCAAAGCAACCUCCUUUUUCUUAGUUUAACAAUCUUGCCUUAAAGUUGAAAGAUUAUAUUUCAAAUUACUAAAUGGAGUUGACUUGAAAGCUAGAACAUUUGUGGUUGUGUCAUUCAUGUAAAAAUGUUUUUACAUUUCAGAAGAUUUUAUAUUUAUUAUUGUAAGAAAUGCAUGGUCUAUUAGACUGCCCACA